ACCGUGGCGGUAUCCUUUUUCGCGGAUCCCGGAAAUCCUUUUUCCCGGAAGAACCAUGGCGAAAGUGGUGAAAGAUUGUUUCCUUACGCCACUCUCUGGCCAACAUCCACCGAUACGCAUAAAAUCGGAGCAAACCAUGGUGGGACGAAGCCCGGAAACGCUAAUACAGGAUGCAAACUGUUCUCGCAAUCAAGUUUGCCUAAAGGCUUUUGCUGCGGACGACUACGUCCUGGUAAAGACACUUGGCUUGAACGCGUCCGUGCUGAACGGGAAGGUGAUGAAAAAGGACGUUGGCUACGAAGCGUACGACGGUGAUGUGCUCGAGCUGUUGCCCGGCAUCCACCAGUACCGGUUUGAUUUCAAAUACGAAACACCACCGGAUCGUGCCAAGCCUGCUAAGAUCGAAAAGAAGACGGAGAGUGCCACCGGAACAUCCAGCACACGCGAUGGAUCCGGAUCGAGCUCAAGUAAACGGUCCCGUGAUGAGCGCUCGCCAAAACAGGGUGACCGGUCUCAGGAUGCAUCUGCACGGCUGUCGGCUGUGAAACGUUCCAAAGCGGAGGAACCUAGCAAGCCGGAACCAAAGACAAGGACAUCACUUAAACCGACGGCGGAAGGUGUGUGGGAAGCGCUGGACAACAAGCAGCUGCACAUCUACACCAGUGCCGGUGUCGUCGCUUCGUCCAAGAUUGCCGCUUACGACAUGGACGGGACGCUGAUUAAAACGAAAUCGGGCAAUGUGUUCCCCAAAUCGAUUGACGAUUGGCAGAUCGCGUUCUCGGAGGUGCCGGGAAAGCUGAAAUCAUUACACAAGGAUGGAUUCAAGCUGGUCAUCUUCACCAACCAGGCCGGCAUCGGUAAGGGGAAGGUUCGAAUAGAGGACUUUCGCCAAAAAAUCGAAGCCCUGUUGCACAAGCUGAACGUUCCGAUGCAAGUAUUCAUAUCGACCGUAUCGGGGAUGUACCGGAAACCACGGACCGGUAUGUGGGAGGUGUUGUGUGGCCAAAAGAACGACGGUGUCACCGUCGACAAGGGACGCAGUUUCUACGUAGGCGAUGCCGCUGGUCGGCCGGAAGUAAAGAAACCGAUCAAACGGAAGAAAGAUCAUUCGAGUGCCGAUCGAUUGUUGGCCCUGAAUCUAGGAAUAUCCUUCCUAACGCCGGAGCAACACUUUCAAAACGUACCCGAUAUGAACUGGAAUGGACCGGAGUUUGAUCCGAAGCAGGCAUGUGAUGCGGGAGGCGCGUUACUUUCACCAUCGUGCGCCAAGAUGAUCGGACCGGAGCAGGAAGUCAUCGUGAUGGUUGGGUUUCCGGGCUCGGGAAAAAGUCACUUUGCGCGCCAUCAACUGGCACCCCACGGAUAUCAGCUGGUGAACCGUGACACGCUCGGUUCCUGGCAGAAGUGUGUCGCUAGCAUGGAGGCUGCACUCCGGCAGGGCAAGCGUGUCGUAAUCGACAACACUAAUCCCGAUGUGGAAAGCCGUAAGCGUUACGUGCAGGCUGCGGCUCGAGCGAACAUCCCCGUACGGUGUUUCGUAAUGGACGUCGACUACCGGCACGCACGACACAAUAAUCUGUUCCGCGAGCUGACCGAUCGUUCCCAUCAGGCCAUUUCGGAUAUGGUUUUUAAUUCCUACAAAUCCAAAUUCCAGCCGCCAGCGUUGAGCGAAGGCUAUAAGGAAAUUGUGAAAGUUAAGUUCGUUCCUAAAUUCUCCUCUCCGGCCGAUGAACAGCUGUACCGCAUGUUUUUAUUGGAAAAAUAAGGCAAGAACCAUCCAGAUACUUAUGAUUGCAUAUUUUGUGGUAGAGUGUCUGUAAAUUGUACGAAUUAACUUGUUAAUUAAGCAUAAAAUAGUACGAAAAACAGCAGUUCAGAUUUGAGUUUUUUACCCCAAAAAGGAAUUCAACCAGUUCGCAUAAACGACCAACAUUAUUCACCACGCAGCAUAAUUUUCACCACGACCACAAUUAUUUUAGUAAAAAGAGUUUUUGUAGUAGAAUGGCCAUUAAUGCUGCCCAAAAGCGCAUCAGCCUUUGGAAUCUUUAUUUGAUAUAUUUUUUAUUUCGAUUUUAAUCCGAAUAUGCUAUGGGGAUGACACGCACACCAGUGCAGGAGGUGAA